CACUUUUCAAACGGCUUCUGAAACUUUUAUCGACUCAAAAGACUGAAGAGUCGAGAGGUUGACAGUUGUUAACAUUUCAAAAGUGAAUCCCAAAACCCCUGUUUAUGAGCCUCAAUUUCACGAAUGUCGACGUCCAAAGCAAGAAGCACGAGGAAGGAAGGAUCCGAGUCCGAGCUCCCCAAACCGGCCAAGCGGAACCCAGUCGAUGAUGAAUUCGAUUUCGACUUCUCCAAUGAUAUCAAAGGCAUUGUGUCGGCACUGCACCAGAUCAGAGAGAAGGCUCAGAAGGACGGUCAGAAGAAGAACGAAGAGACUAUCUCCAGUGUGGCCUCUGAGAUAAAGUCAACAAUUGAUGUGUUGAAGUCGAAAAUUGAGAAGGAUAGACAAAGUUUUGCCAAAGCACUUUCGAAGAGUUCAAAAGAGUGUGAAAGCUGCUUGAAGAAUGAGACUGCAAAGUUCCAAUCACUCUAUGAGAAGUUUUUCAAGGAGAGAGCUUCUCAUCUGCAGGCCUUAAAAGAUACCAUUUCAAGAUUUGAAGAAGAAAAGGAAAAGCUAUUCACUCGAUAUGAACAACUAAGGAAGAGAGAAAGGACUAUGAUAUCAGAACAAGAAAAAUCCUGUGCUGAUAAAAUUGCUCAAUUGGAGUCGUCCUUAAAAAAGAAGAAGCAGGAUGACAAGACUUUCAGCAUUUUGAGGAAAACCCUCGGCUCCUUUCUGGACAAUGCUUCAGAUGAGGACUUCCCACCUGAUGAUUGAAGAUUGCUUCAACAGAGUGCUGCAACCUCUUUCAACCUCGUUGAAAAAUGGGCAGGUUUUGAUUUCCUAUCUCUAAGAAACCUUUAUAAUACACCUUCCACUUUCAUGCAGGAAAUAAAAACACUCUUAAAAACUUGCCCUUGUCUGGAUGGUUGCUCUUAUAGUUCUUUACAUUCCCUUGAUUAAUUCUCAUCCUACCAACUUGGAUUGUUAGUUCUGUUUAACAUUUUUCUCCAUGAAUUUAGUAUAUAAUGAUAUUACAAGUGAAGAAUUCCAUGCCAUAACAUCAUGAGUAGUCACACCGGCUUUCGUCCUUGCCACCAUUCUUUUCCUUUUGGCCACGAUGGCAAGGCGCUAUCUCCCUUCUUCUGACAGCAUAGUUGAACUGUUGACAUCGGCCACGGGCUGAACCGCCGGAUAUUCUAAGUUCCAGGGUUGGGUCGGAGAGAACCAGUGUUAUUUUUAUUCAGAAUCCAAAAAACCAAAAUAUAAAAUAGUCGUUUCGAAUUUUUCUUUCUGCAAAUAAGAAAUUUCAUAAAAAAUUGUCUUCUUCCAAAAUAACGUAUUCAAUUAAUUUAACUUUUUUUCGGCCACGUCAUCAACUAGACUUUAAAACCCGAUGCUGCGUCUCAACUCACGAAGUCCGCAGAGUCUUUCGCCCUUCCCCCUCCAUUUCCCCUCACUUUACCACCUCCCAAACAUCUCCCAAUUCAAAUUCUAAAUUCGAUCACAGAUGUCAUCCCAAACCGUCGAACACGUCGUCCUCUUCAAGGCUAAGGACAACGCUGACCC